GUCUGAAGCAAAAAAUAGAAAUAUUUUACAGGGAAAAAUAACAACGAGUGGCUUCCAAGAAUCUGUAUCCUGAAUCAUGAGAUAACAUGGACUCUUUAAGGUAUUAAAAUUUAGGGUGAAUGAUAUACUUUCGUGUUAAGAGGUGAUGAUUUAUUACAGUGUAUGCUUCAAUCUUCUUGAUUUCAAUACACCACAAUUUAAAGCCAUGUAUGAUGUACUUUGCAAUCAUGCAACGAUCUGUUGGUUAUAAUUAAACUUAAGUCUUCGAAGAACUAACGUUAAUACGUGCAUAUACAGAAGCAGUAGAUCUAGCGUAAAAAUAUAGCCCGUCGUUGAUGAAACCAUCAGCUUCAUCUGCAUAUCAUAAGCCGGAUCAUAAGCUUUUUGAAGUCAAGUUUACACCGAAGCUCAAACGCCUGUACGUGGAGCUUUUCUUGUGGUUGUAGGCUGUAAUAUACAGCAUUUUGUUUAUGUUAUAUAACGCUUACAGAUGUAAACUUAGCCUGUGAUUGCAGGCGACCAUGACCAGAGUAGCCUGCAAUCCUAAUCUGCAGGCCCCAGUUGUUCAAAAGCUGGAUAACUCUAUCCACUGGAUAAAUCUUUGUCCAGUGGAUAACGCAAUUGGUUUCUGUAACCACUUAUCCGCUGGAUAUCUGGAUAUCGAUUUAUCGUGUGGAUAGAGCUAUCCACCUUUUGAACGGCUGGGGCCUGUUCAAUAAUAAUCAUUGAACAGGCCCCAGCUUAUUGUUAUUCCACAGGUGCAGCACAUUUAAAGCCAGCGUUUUUUGGACAAUCUGAUUCCCACUACACUUUUGUGUCGGCUUUCAGUAACAGGUGUAAAUCACACAAAAUUCAGAUUUUAUCAAUUUUAAAGCUUUUUGUUUUUUGUUGUCAUAGUGAUAUACAAUUUUACUAAAAACUGCAUUUUGACAAACUUCAGUUCAUAGUCAAUCACUGCUGAAAAUUUUAUAGCGAUCAGUCAAGGAUAAAAUCACUUUUAAGGCGAAUGAAAAAUAUCGGAAUGGUCUCCAAAAAACUGUACCGAAACGCCUUACCUUAAGUAAUUACACUGACCGGCAGGUAGCAAUUGCUAAUCUAGGUGAGACAGACGUGCCUUAUAAAAAGUGGCGACAUGUUUGCAUGACAAACAAAAAGUUGGCUUGGCCAGAGGGGUGACCUGGCUAGGCAUGUCACCCUUUUGUGAUGGUACUAGGGUGGAUCAAUUUAGGUGUCUGGGAAACUACCCACCUACCCCUACCCUGAGCUAACAUUAACACUUAAUUCUCACCUUGGGAAAAAUGAUGGGUUAGGGGAGGGGUAGGUGGGCAGUUUCCCAGAAACCUAAUUGAUCUGGUAGGGUCACCCUUCUAGCUGAGUCAACUUUUCUCCAUAUAAACGUUUUGGCUCACCCAGUCAGGUCAACUCGGUCAAGGUGAAACAAUCAGAGCACAUGCGAGUAUUGUCUUAGACAGUCAGAGCAUGCAUGAGCACUGUUUGCACAAGCAAAGGGGUCAACUUUAUUCUCAUAUAAAAGCUUGCAAAAGUUGACUCGGCUGGGAGGCUGACACUCCUUCCCAGGACAACUUGUUUUUGAUAUAACAGGGACUCAGUUGACAUUGUACCAUUUCUUUCUUGACAGGAAAAAGGUUGGAAACUUUAUUGCUGGUACAGACACAAGUCAGUCUCAAUCAACUGAUCAACAGUCUAAGCAGGGCAAACAUACCCCUCUCCCUGUGGAUCCCUACUACUAUCCUGGACUGAGGUUUGCCUUUCACUUUGUCACUGUUGAUGUCACUACUGUUGGACAAAGUAAGUACUAAAUGGUUGGUUUUUAUGCAACAAAGAAAAACCUCUUCAUUGAUAGAUACAUUAUGAAGAGUGAAGAUAUGGAACUCUUUGGACAAUGAAUUAAAACUAAGUAGAGAUGUUUUUAAGUGUCAAACGAAAGCUCUAAAGUAAGCUACUUUGCUCUGCAUAGAACUUUAUAAAUGAUGUUUCUUGUAUUUUAUGUAUGAUCGUAAAUAGCAAUUAAUUUUUAGCUCUUAGAUAAUUUUACCAAUCCACUUUUUAUAUAUUUACUGUACUCCAUUUUGUUUGUAUUAGUAUACUUUUUGUAAUUAUCUUUGAAAAGCCUUGUUUAAGGAAAGAUAAUAAAGGAUGUAUGUAUGUAUGUAACUGUUUACUAGGUGAAAUGUUUUUUCUCUUCCACUUUUUGGAUGCCAUUUAAAUAUAUAGGGGUUAACCUCACAAAAUCACAAUCAAGAUGUAUUUCUUUUUUUCUCUUGAAUAAAGUAUUGUCAUUAUAAUUUGUUUGUUAUUAAUUUACAUUGUGGGUCUCUCUUCAUCAGGAUUAUGUUCAGUGAUUGGGCUACAUGUAUUUUUUAUUAUUUAUUCAUUCAAAAUAUUUCCCCGACUCUGAUUGGCUAAAAGCACACACAUAAUUCACCAUAACCAGUUACUAAUCUGGAAGAAUUUUGUGUUUAACGAGGAAAUGACGUCAAAAAUGCAGCGUUCUUGCAGGUUAAUGCAUCGUUAACCGAGAAGACCUGGGGACGAGGUUGAGUUGUUUAGGUUGUGAAAACAAAAAAUGGCAGACAUUUCACUCUUUCAAGAGGAAGAACUAGGCGAAAUUAUUGCUAAAAACAUGGCAAGAACAGCAAGAACACAACUCGGAGGGCGACAUCUGCUAUUUGGAGAAUAUUUGCAGAGCUGAACAACCCUAAACGUUCAAUAUCGAAGGUGAACUUAACAUCAAUGGAGGUAAGCAUGUUUUAGCUUUGUUUUUAAACUAGGAAUUAUUCUGAAUGAAUAAUAAAACAAUUAUUGAAUUCGGCUUUCGUAUCAUAUGAAGAAUUAUGGAGAUCUCAGAGAGUGUUAUCCACCUCGGCCAUAACACCCUCCUCAAUCUCCAUAACUCUUCAUAAGAUACACAGCCUCAUUCAUUAAUUGUUAAUUAUUAUUACCCUAGAAUUUAUAUUGGUUAUAGCUAAUCCAAGGUAGGGUAAGGAGUUUUGGUGUCCAGCCUAGAAUACUUAUUUUAUUCAAUUUGAAUGUGGUCUGGUAUGGGCUAAGGAUUUUAAGGGGUGUUAGCGGUAGACAAUAAAAAAAUACUACCAACACAGGUAGACUGUGAAUUGAAAGAUCUGUAAGACAGUUUUUGCCAAAUGUUAACAACCUAGGUCGCAUGGUUUUGUUUGUCAAACCAACAACUAAGGUAAACUCACAUGGUCACUGUCAUUACUGUCGCAUUUUAUUUGCUGGCCAAGUCAAACAAAAGCAUUCUCUGUCAACCCAAAAUGACACAUUUUUGCAAUGUACCUGACAACAAAAUCAACAUGUCAUACAUGGCAAUGAAUUCACAGUCUACCUGUUUUGCCAGUACCCAAACGUCUUACAGUACAAAGCUAUGUUUACUUGCCACUCACUGUCUAAUUUAUUUUCCCAUAUUUCUUAUCAGUAAUUUAUCGUCUGCAUUUUCUUGUGAAAUUACAUUAUAACAGAGACUCGGUCUCUAUCGUACUUGUUCGAGUCAAUUAUGAAUCAAAUCCUAUUUUUCUGGAUGUUAUAGCUACUUUUGGCUUAGUAUCUGGACAAACAAAAGUCUCUUCAGAUGUAACAAGCAAGUAUGGCAAGCUCAGUGAACCAUAUCUGCAAGGCUUUGUUCUGGAAACAUUCAAGGCAGUUCCAGGUGUUGGGAAGACUGGAUGGAAUGCAAGUGAGACGCCAUACCAAGGAAGUUUUUCCAGGCCCCACGGGUAUGGCAUCAAAAUUAAAAAUGAUGGCAUCUGAAAUGCGAAAGAAGCUCCCAUUAGGGACCACCCAAAAUGCAAAGAUUUAUUGGCCGCUUGUGGAAGGUGGUCCCUUUAUGCAUGAAUGGAGCAAUAGGAAGAACACAUACUGUAAAAUUCCAAAAAUAAGCCCCUCCAUGUAUAAGCCCUCCAAAUAUAGGCCCCCCAAUCCAGUAACACAAAAAACCCUCUGUUAAAUCACCCCUCCAAAAAUAAGCCCCUCAGAAAGGGCCUUUGAAAGAUACAAGCCCCUGGGCUAAUUUUCAGAAUUUUUAUGGUAUGCAUUUUGGAAGAGAAUUCAAUACAAGUUAUGAUAUGUGUAGUUAAUGUUGCUUGUAACUAAAAGUUCUUCUCAUGCUCUGAGUAGUGUAAGUACAUUCAGCAAAAAUACAUGUAGGGAGAUCAAAACAUGCCCUUAUUGGUGACUUACAGGAGGAUUAAAACAAUAGAAAAUUCUAAAACCAUCUUCCAAAAGGUGGUUGUGGUCAUAUACGAGAGGAGGUCACACUUGGAGGUUCUACUUUAAUAUCAAGUCAAAGGAUUGCCAAGGACUUGUAACAUUUAUUUGAAUGAGCUGGAUUUUCAGUCCACAAAUUUAAAAGUUAGAACUACAUAAUUAAAUUUGUGUUGUCAGGGUGCAAAGAAAAUCAUUUUUAUAGCUUGCCAUUCGGGUAAGCUAAAGCUAGCAUUUACUAGUGCAGACAUCAUUUAAACUAGCCCCAAAAGCUUUUUGACAAGCAGAAUUGAUUUCACAGUUCUUCCUUUUUUCAAACUGCUCAAAAAACAUCACUUGCCCAUCGGGCAAGUUAAAAACAGAAUUCACCAGCCUGAUAACAAAAUCCACUAGCCCCGGACUAUCGGACAGCACUUUCUUUGUACGCUGAUUGUCAUCAUGUAAUUACUGUUUUUCCAGGACGUACAAUUUAUGCCAAGUUCUCUGAUCUAGUUGCCAAUAAUUUGUUUUUUAAAUUCCCCUUGUUCAGAGCCCCUGUUUACCACUCUUGGCAGUUGUUAGUGGUGAAGUCAAGCAUCCAAACUGUAGAGCGAGCAGGACUUUUGAAUCUGUCAACUCGAAGCAAUGAAGUGUCAAAUCCGUCAGGGAUUAUUUCGGUGGUGAGUAGUGUUCAAUCAGCCUCAUUCUCAAUAAGUACCCCAAAAUACAAGAACUUAUUUUGCCAGAUUUCAUAAAAAGUAGGUUCUUAUAAGCAGGUGUUUACUGUAUUACAAUCACUCACUCUUUAAACAAUCUAAAAAGUGUAUUCAUUAGUUCAUUGAAAAUGUGUAAACUUUAUGAAUGCUGUGCUGAAUAAAGUAUCUAUUAUAUCCAUCUAUUAUUAUUAUUAUUACUAUUAUUAUAAAAUUUAUUUAUUUAUUUUCUUGCUAAGAAUUCAUUUUGCCACAGGCAACUUAAGAUUUAGUGAAAAUUCUUUCUUUCUUCUUCUUUAGCAAAUUUUUUUAAAAUUGAAAUGAAUUUUUUAAAAUUGAAAUUAAGUGUUUUUAAAUCAAAAGGAAUUAUAAUUAGUGCUUGGACUGAAUAGUUUUUUUAAGUGAAAUUAAUUGUAAAUAGGAUUUUAAAGUGAGCUUUGUUAUCAAUAAAAGAUUAUUUUUAUUUAAUUUUUUUUCCUGCUAAGAAUUCCUUUAGCUACAGGCAACUUAAGAUUUAUAGUGCAAAUUCUUUGGCGACUAUUUCGUUUCAUUUUGUCCCCAACAGGACAAAUGGAAUGACCAGAUAUGUUGCGACUAAACUGAAGGCAUAAUACGAAGUUAAAGAAACACAAAGACAGUGUGAUUUUUUUAAUGUAUUUUUGAUUUGUAACUAUUGUAAGUUAGAGGUAAUUUUAUUUUCAACUUGGUAAUAAUAAUAUGAAAAUAAUAUUUUAAAAUAGGAAAGUUUUUCUAACUCUCUCAUUCUAUUUUAUUAAGCUAAUUAUUUUGCUGACUUAUUUAUUAUAGAUUGCUCAAUAUUGCAAGCAAGGUGGCCGUUUAGUGUGUGUGGAGCUAUCUGGACAGAAACAAAGUGCUGGAAUGCUAGCAUCAAUCGGUGGCAAAAGUGAAGGUAUAAACAGUGGUAAUGCAAAUUAGAACAAUUCAUUAUAAGUAAUACGUCCAUAGUCUUUUUUGAACCAUAAAAUUUUAAAAAUCUAUGUGAAGACUUCACAUAGAAGAAGAACAUUUUGAGAAAUUAUAAUUAUAUAGUUACGCCUGAUGUAGUUUGAGGUUCUUUUCACUUGUAAAAUUACAGGUAUUUAUGUGACAAAUAAAAAAAUGUUUCAUUUUCCUGAAUGCUGUGUUUAUAAGAUCUGCAUGUAGCCUAUGUCUUUUUCUGUUGCUUUUUUCUAUUAUUUGUAUUAUUUAUAAUCCAUUAAUAGUCAAACCUGAGUUAAUCAGACAUCCUGGGAUUUUUACAAAUAGCUAGUGUCCAUUUAAUAGUUAGUGAAAGUCAAUCCCAUUCCUCUUAGAAAUUGCUUCAAACAUAAAUUUUUUGUUGUCACUUAGGACUUCUCCCAUGGGAUGUAUGAUUCCAACCGAUUUAUUAUUGAUAUUUGUCAGAGUAACUUAAUGGAAAUUUUAGAGGUUUGUGUUAAAUUGAGUACAGCCAAAUUAAACCCUGCUUUAGGGACACCUGCUUAAUACGGACACCUCAUUAUUACAGAUAGUUCGCUUUGUCCCUGGGGAAAGAAAGCCCCUUCCUUUUUUUUCUAAAUUCAACCUGCUUAAUAUGGACGCUUUCUAUAAUCCCCUCAGUAUCCAUAUAAACAGGGUUGGACUGUACUCUCAGCAAUGAUCAGAAGUAUGAAUUGAAGGGGAUGGCAAUGUCUUGUUCAUAAUUUUCAGUGUAUGGCUGUGAUGUGUUCUUUAACAUGCCGUGUCAUCCAAACCCCACUCUGUACACGUACCAGCUUGUGAAUGUUCCUGUUCAAGUCAUGUACCUUGGACCAGGAAAACUUGUCAAGGUCACCUGUGAUUGGAUGGGACACUUCGCACAACAUCUGCAGCAGGGGUGGAAAUUGACAGAUAUCUUUUGGGAUCAAGGAAAAAGGAGUCAUGGAGGUGAAUGCUCUCCCUUUUUGACUUUCUUUUAGUUUCCAGCAUUGCAUUAAUAUUAUUAUUUUAUUAAAAUAAAAACACUAUAGAAAGAAAGGCAUUGAUCACUGUCCUUAGAUAAUAAUAAUUAGUAUUUUUGUUGCCUCAGAAUAUAUUCAUUCUCUCCCCACUGGAGGGGGCUGGGGGUUAUUACUUUGAACCAUACCCACCUCCCCUAUGAAAAUAAUAUUAUUAUUUGGGUUCAUACUUUCCUUUUCAAAUGUUGGCCAUUUUGGUCUGUCCAAAAUUGCAGUCUAACACAAAAUAGAUGGAAAUUUCUAUCUCCCUCCCCCAAAGCAAUCUUAUCUAUCAAUCAGAAAGCCUAAUUGAAUGGAAUGUCUGAGAAAAAAUUCCUGGUGACAAAUUUCACUGUCAUUGCCUUGUCAAAGACUCAAUCAUACUUAAACGUAAAAAGUAUUGUGAUCGUAAUUAAUUGUUUAAGGUAGGAAUCUUCUAAGUGGCAGCUCCUCUUAAGAAAGAAAAAACUGACUAUCAUGAAUUCAUUUUCUUCAUAGAAUUUUCCUUGUCUGGUGAUUACAAUUCAGUGUGGUUUUUUGAGAAGGAAUGUUCAAGAAUGCAGGACCUGACACCAGUUUAUGAAGGCACCAUCAUUGAAUAUCAGCAUACUGUGAAGGCAAGUAUUAUUAAUUUUCAAGAAAGGCGCUAGGCAUAUUACUAGGGACCUUAAGAUACAUUGCCUCUUCUUAUGGGUACAGGUAGGUGUCACAUAGUUAUAUAAAGGGCAUCUGUGAUUUCCCAGAUGUGAUAAUGGCAUCACCAUUCUAUCUGGAAGCCUAGCUGUUUCUCCACGGUAAGAGGUAAUCUACCCAUAUUUACGGCCAUGGGUGGGGUCAAUGGUCUAAAUUCACUUACAAUCUUAGCCUGUUCCAGGCUCCGAGAUGGUGAUGGAAAGUCGUUCAGUAAUAAGAAAUGAGAAAAACGCGAGAGGGCUGGGGAGAGACAGGGCGGCGGAGCCUGUACGCAUUUUUUUAACGGCCUGUUCCGGUAUAUCAGCUCCCGAUAUACCCUCUGAUUGGUUAAUUGUGACAGUUAACAUCAUCACCUAGUAGCGUGGUCAUUAGUUUGUCAUCACCAAGAUGGCUAACGCGAAUCGCGCGUGUGAUCUUCAUGAAUCGGCGUUGUCUUGUGCUUUAGACGAGUGUCUGCGACUUGGCUCGCGGUAAAGAUGUUUUGGGUAUUAUGCCCACCGGUUUCGGCAAAAGUUUAAUCUUUCAGCUAUUCCCACGCUUGGCUAAAGCUGCUCUAAUCCUAGAAAACUCUGCGACAAUAGUCGUUUCGCCGCUGAUAUCUAUAAUGCGAGACCAAGUGGAACAACUGAAAAAGCUUGGAUGUCCGGCCGCAACUAUUUGGCAUCGGUGAAGAGGGAAAGGAGGACGCGAAGAAAGCGAGAGAAGGAAAAUGCGAAAUUGUUUUCGGUAAUCCGGAGUCCUGGUUGAUCACAAAGUGGCAAUGACAAAACAGUCCAAAGACUGUUAAGUUUAAUAUUCCGCUAUUACCAAGGGAGAAACUACGCGCUCCAGUCAAAAGACUCACACUAUUUUCAGAGAAACACUAUCAAGCUGGAGUUUACUAAGUCACAAUGCAAUUCUCCUUAGUUGAUGUAGCUUAAGUUUAAGCUGCACUUCAUUCUUAUAAUUCUGGAUCUGUACAUCACUAUCCAUGAUAAUUUAACAUUCUGCAAAGAAAACUAACGAGCUUGGCCCAGCGUGAUACAACAUUGCAGAAAAAUAUUACAUCAAUUCACGGACUAAAGAAAAUCACUUAGUUAGUCAGAUCCAGAAGGCACUUUGGAGAAAAUUUAAAUCCUUAUUCAGCCGCAAUAAAAAGCUUUACGCUUCUAAUUAGAGGUCAAAGAAAAUGCUCUCUCAUCAGAGGACAAAUCCUGCCGACCAGAAACCAACGCCGUAGUAAAUCGAUUUUUGUGCCAUGACCUCUCAGUGUGAAACAAGCGGCUAAAGUCACAUUUGCUCAGUGACAAUGUAGAACCUUCCAGAGCAUAACCUCAGUACCCUUCAGAGGAAAAAACUUACCGCCCCCUUUUAUUGCUAUAAACUAGGGCCAAAAAAACGGAUGUUCUCACAGGAUAACGAAUUCGAAGACAUAAAUUUCCACACCGCACAAGGAAUUCGUGUCGCGUGCAAUGCUCACGCGAGAAACUUGAGAAUGAUUGUAGCUAACUGAAGUCUUAACAGUUUUGACAGCCGAAUCCAGACGUGACAAAAAUGGGCGGAAGAGGGUCGUUAAAGAAAUGCUAACAGGCUCUCUCUCCCAUUUUUCCCGCCGCCACCGCCCCCUUUCCCAAGUCGUGCGAGUCUUAUUUUCGCUUUGCUCGUUUUAAUACAUUCCCACUGUACUAUCUGAGAGCCUGGCACAGGCUAUUACAAUCUCUGAAUUUUUUUCAGUUUUGCUAAUAACUUCAAUCUGUAGCCAUUGACAGUGUCUUGAAAGCCUAUUCCCCUGCAGACAGAUGGGCCAUAAAUUGAUUUUUAUGAUUUGGUAAUAUCUUUCAGAUUGGAUUUUUUGAGACAAAGGCCAAAGGUGACUGGACACCAAUGAUAACAGAGAUGGGAAACAGAGGCUGGGAGCUGGCAUGCAUGUUAGAGACUCCAGAAAUCACAAAAAUAGGACUGGGCAAUGUAACCUUUAAACUGUUGUUUUUCUUUCAAAGACGCAUCAUGCAAAGUCAGCCUUAUGCAGGCUACCCCUCAGUACCUCCCCAAGGAAUACCAGGAGGAUAUGGACCUCCUCCCCCUGGGGCACAGUAUCCUGUGGCAGGGCAAGCAGCAGGUUAUUAUGCUCCCCCCGGGCAUGCUACUGCUGCACCCCCUCCUGGUGGGUAUCCAAAUUAUGCCCCACCCCCAUAUAGUGAUAGACCAGAGCCCAGUGCACCCCCUCUCCCUGAAAAACAAUGA